AAGGGUCUUGGACAUCUGGAACCGAAUGAUGACCUUGGUGUCCCUGGUGCCUUGGGCAUGUGGUUUUCCUGUCUCUUCUGCCAAACUUUCUUGUGUCACACACACAACCUACGCUUAAUUUGUUGAGUGUCUGAAUCUCUUUGUCCUACUCGAACAAGGCGAUUUCUCAAAAACCACAUUCAAUCGUUUCAGACUCGCCGCGGCCUUAAGCUAACAAUACGUCCGCCCCCUCCACGGUCGCUCAACUUCUCUGCAUAACACUCGCUAUUGUUUUGAUGCUGCAAGCCACCUGCAUCUGGCGAUCAACGCGCAUCUUUUAUUGAGCAUUUUACUCCAAUACAUCCGGCUAUCAUGGAGGAGCCGACAAGAACCAUCAACCUCAUUGCUCGACAGACGACACAGAGCAGUCUCGAUGCCUUCGUUUCCUUGCUGUCAGACCCCUUCGCACAGUCGAUUGAGAAGAACGCUUUCUGGUCUGCCUUGGGCACUUCAAUCGGUGGCUCGGCCUUGAUCGCCUGUCUAUUUUGUUUCGCGCGUCCAUACAACAGCGUCGUCUACGCCCCUCGCUCGCGACAUGCCGAUGUCAAACACGCCCCGCCGCCGGUCGGCAAGGGUAUUCUGGAUUGGGUGUCACCCGUCAUCAAGACAAAAGAGCAGGAAUUGGUCGAAAAGGUUGGCCUUGACGCCACCAUCUUCUUGCGAUUUGCAAACAUGUGCCGAAACAUUUUCACAUGCAUAACCGUUGUCGGCUGCGCAAUCUUCAUUCCCAUCAACUUGUACGAGCAUCGUAGCUCCAUCAAGGGAACAGAGGCAAAGAACUUCUUCAUCCAGUUGACCUCCCAGGGCGUGCAAGGCCCAUAUCUGUGGGGCUACGUCCUGGUGGCGUGGUUUGCCAACUUGACCAUCGCCUUCUUCCUGUGGCGCAACUACAGGAGUGUCCUUCGCUUGCGCAGAGCCUACUUCGAUAGCCCCGAGUACCAGAAGAGUUUGCACUCUAGAACUCUCCUCGUUACCGAGAUCCCUCGAGGUCUACGAACCGACGAAGGCCUUGUCAAAAUCGUCACCGAAGCCAAAGACACUGGAUCGAACCCCCGUACCGCUAUCGCACGCAACGUCAAGGACUUGCCAGAACUCAUCGAGGAGCACAAUGAGACGGUCAGAAACCUCGAGCAGGUGCUCGCCAAAUACCUCUCAAACCCGAAUAAGCUGCCGCCCAAGCGACCAACAUGCUCCGUCAACAAGUCGGACCAGACCUACCGCAAGGGUCAGAAAGUUGAUGCUAUCGAAUAUUUGACCGCUCGUAUCAAGGAGCUCGAAAUUCAAAUUAAAGAAGUCAGAGAAUCUAUUGACAAGAGAAACGCCAUGUCAUACGGAUUUGCUAGUUAUGAAUCUAUCGCCGAUGCUCAUACUGUCGCAUACAAGACUCGUAAGAAGGGUCCUCAAAAGACAUCGAUUCGUCUGGCUCCCAGGCCUCAUGAUCUUAUCUGGAAAAAUUUGCCCAUGACGAGCAAACAGAGAGGCUGGCAAACAUUUGUCAACAACAUCUGGGUCGCUGUUCUGACUGUCGUCUGGAUUGCUCCUAACGCUCUCAUUGCCAUCUUCCUUUCUAACUUGUCUAAUCUGGCUCUUGUUUGGCCUGCCUUCGCGACCACAUUGGUCAACAACCCGAAGACUUGGGCUGUAGUGCAGGGUGUAGCCGCACCUGCUCUCACCUCUCUCUUCUACUAUUUCUUGCCUGCCAUCUUCCGAAAGCUGAGUAACAGCGCUGGUGAUUUGUCAAAAACCAGCAGAGAACGCCACGUCAUGCACAAGCUCUACACCUUCUUCGUUUUCAACAACUUGUUCUUGUUCUCACUAUUCGCAGCCAUCUGGGGUUACGUAGCUGCAGUCAUCAGCAGCAGUCAAAAGGAAGAUGCCUGGUCUGCUAUCAAGGACGGCCAGCUACUACAAAAGGGCAUCAGAGCACUCAACUCUGUCUCGACUUACUGGAUUACCUGGCUUCUGCAACGCAACCUCGGUGCCGCAGUUGAUCUAUCUCAGUUUGUCAACUUGGCUUGGGGAUCGUUCUCUCGUCACUUCCUGAAUCCCACUCCUCGUGAGCUGAUCGAGCUCAGCGCACCACCAAAGUUUGAUUACGCCGGAUACUACAACUACUUUUUAUUCUACUCGACAGUUGCCUUGUGUUUCUCGUACAUCCAGCCUUUGGUGCUGCCUGUUACGGCAUUCUACUUCUGGAUUGACUCUUACCUGAAGAAGUAUCUGCUUCUUUACGUCUUUAUCACCAAGACCGAGUCUGGAGGUCAAUUCUGGAAGGUCUUGUUCAACAGAUUCAUCUUCCUCACUAUUUUGUCCGAUGUUCUGGUAGCUUUGGUUUGCGUUGGAAACACAACUUUCGGUUACACUGAGUGGCUGCCUAAGGUCUGCACCAUUGCUCCUUUGCCCAUCUUCAUGUUGGCUUUCAAGUGGUGGUGCUCGUCCCACUUUGACAGCAAGUUGGCCUUCUACACCACUGGUGUCACUGCUGCAGACACUGAGAACCCGGCUGAGAUGAAGACUAGACGUACAGACCGUGUUGGUGUUCGUUUCGGCCACCCCGUGCUUUACAAGCCUCUCAUCACUCCCAUGGUUUCGGCCAAGUCAAGACAUCUUUUGCCAACCAUCUACUCGGGUCGUACAGCAGAGGUGGACAUUCCCAUGGCCGGCUACUCAGAUGUUUACAUGGAUACCAUGUCGCACGACGAGCCUGGCAGAACAGCAAAGGGCGAGGCUCCCGCACCUUUCGAAUUCGUUUCCGAGAACCAAAUGGACUUCGAGUUCUACAAGAACAGACCCGAAUUCAGAGAUGAAGCAGGUGGUGAGGGUGAACUUUACGGUAGACCUCAAGACCAGGUCCGCAGAGGAUCACACGGAACAUUAAUGACACAAGACGGCACCGUUAUGACCGGUUAUGACAGCCGCAGAGGCUCCAGCGACUCGAACGCAACAAGAACGGGUGAUGAGAUGGGAACGACAUAUCCCAAGGGCUACCACCAGACACCCACCGCACUCCGCGAUCAGAGCCCCGCAAGCAGUGUUCGCUCGAUGGAUAUUGGUAAUGCCAAUCGCCGCAACGAUGACGAACAUCUCUUGUCUGGCGCAGCAGGUAUGGGCAGAAGCGGCAUUCCCGCACCCACGCCCGGAGGCUAUGGACCUCUAAGACUAGGCGAGAUUCACACGCCUGGAAGCGACCAGGAAGACACGAGUUAUGAUUAUUUCAGAAGAGGAAGAGGACUCAAUUGAGUGACCUUGACGUAGGAUAAAAAGAAUUUUUCACGCAUAGAUUGGACAUGAUAUAUCAAAUGGGCUGUCUCGCGAUGGCAUUGCUUAAAAGAUUUUGAAUUGUGGUCUUUGAAGUUUCGUGAUGAUGCUUUACCUGGAUAGGGUGAGGAUGAAAUGAUGUAUUGUAACGGACUGUUUCAUGUGAAACUGAGUUGCCGUGCAUGUACGAGUAGCUGUACUAUAAACAUUGCAGGAUG